UCGCCAUCGAGGAAAUGAAGUGGCGAAGACGAAGCCGGGGCGAACGCGGAACGGGUGCGCCGCUCCCAUCCGCCAAUUCCCCUCGCUCUCUUGUCACCGCUCGCUUCGUUCCGCUGUGGCGCCGCGAGGCCGUGUUGUCCGCUCCGUUUAAGCAUCCCAGAUCGUUCUUGAUUCAAGACAUACAGAUUGAUUCGUAUCCUCGCUCGUUUGCUAUUAUUGUGGAAUGAAUUCUACUAAUGAUACUAGGAAAUUUCCACGACAGCUGAAAUAUUUUUUGAGCUACAAUAAAUAAUUCUAGGAAGGGUAAUUUCAGAUUACCUUUGCUGGCACACUAUUGUGAUUGUGUAUCAGAUGGCUACGUAUGAGCAAGACUCUGAAGUUUAUCGGUGGGGAAUUGAUCUUUUUCAUGGUGAGUUUUUUCCAAACCCUUCAUAUUCAGGAAGCACCACUGAGCAGGAUUCCGGCCUUAAUGGAAAUAGUUAUAUUAGACAAGAUGCUUCUGCAACUGCACAUGAAUAUGAGGAGCAUACACAAGCAUCUUUUUUUACACAUGAUUUGUUUGACCCAUACUGUAGUUCAGGGAUUAAGGAUGGCCAAGAGGAGAUGGAUGACACCAAACCUUCUAGUUCAUGUUCCAGUCCUGCAAGAAACUCUUAUGAGGAAGGGUAUUCGUUGGACGUUACCGAUGAAUUUUCUUUUGUAGAUGGUGAAGUUGGCAGAAGGUUAAAUCAGAUGGUCCCUGUCCCUCAUGUUCCUAAAAUCAACGGAGAAAUUCCUUCUGUUGAUGAAGCCACUUCUGAUCAUCAAAGGCUACUAGAGAGGUUGCAAUUAUAUGACUUGGUUGAGCGUAAGGUCCAAGGAGAUGGUAACUGUCAGUUUCGAGCGCUAUCUGACCAAUUAUAUCGAACACCUGAGCACCAUGAGUUUGUGAGGCAGCAAAUCAUUGCUCAGCUUAAAUCUCACCCUGAGAUUUAUGAGGGAUAUGUUCCAAUGACAUAUGGUGAAUACCUGAAUAAGCUUUCAAAGCUUGGUGAGUGGGGUGAUCAUGUAACGUUGCAGGCAGCUGCAGAUUCGUAUGGAGUCAAAAUUUUUGUCAUAACAUCAUUCAAGUAUACUUGCUAUAUUGAGAUUUUGCCAAGUGUUCAGAAGUCGAAUCGAGUCAUUUUCUUGAGCUUUUGGGCUGAGGUGCACUACAACUCAAUUUAUCCUGAAGGAGAUCUCCCUAUGGCAGACACGAAGAAGAAGAAGAAGUGGUGGAAGUUCGGAAAUAAGCAUUAAGGAUGAAGAAUUUGAGAUUUUGAAGGGGUCAAUUUGCAUCCUUCUGAAGACAAAAUCUUUAUGUGAUCAUUCCCGGCUUCCCGCAUUAAGUUCCUACAAGUCAUGUCCGCCCCAGCAACUCUAUUCCGAUCCCCAGAAUGUCGUUGUAUGCUAUAAUAUCCAUGUGAUUCUUGGGAAAUUGCAGUUUAUUUGACUCCGUCUUUACUUCUCCUCCUUACCAUGGAGUGCUUCAUGGUCGUCAUAACUCUAGUCCAUGAUGAGGCAAAAUCCCGUGUCCACAUCCCAAUCUCGUUUUGGUUCUUGCAUGCCCUAACUCUAUUUCCAUCUUACUUCCUAGAACAUAGUGAAGAUCUUGGACGCACUCUUCUUUGAUCAGAUGAAACUUUUUCUUGUUAAUUCU